UCAUCAGUGUUUUAUUGAGUGUUAACAGAGUCUUGUCUCUGUGUAUUUUAGUGUUGAUGAUGGAUGAGAUGUGCUGUAAAUCAGUAGGAACUGAUCUGUCCAUGCUGGAUAUUGAUGAUUUCAUCACAGAAAUCUCUCAGCUGAAGAAAGAGGUGGCGUUACUGGAGACAAAGCUGAGGUUAAGAGGAGAUGAAGGACUGAAGAGAGAGGACUCUGAGCUCAGUCUGUCUUUACUCUGUUAUACUGAGUCAAAGUCCACAGACGCUCAGGACACAACAGUGUGUGACCGUAAUGAGGGCUUACACAAGGAUCAAACCUCCACAGAGUCUCUGGAUUCUGUCUGUAACGCUGGAGAACAGCAGCAGAUCCUGCAGACCAAACUCAAGAUGUGUUCAGUCAAACUCAUUGACUUCAGGAACCUCAUGAUGAAGAUCAAAACUGAACCCAAAGAAAUAAAAACUGAACCUACAGAAACAAAAACUGAACCCACGGAAAUAAUAACUCAACCUACAGAAACAAAAACUGAACCCACGGAAAUAAUAACUGAACCCACAAAAGAGGAACAUCAUGAUGAUGAAAAUGAGGGCUGUGGUGAUGAUUUUAUUCCUUCAGAUGAGAGGAAUGAUUCAUGUUCUGAAGGAGAAAUAACGCCUUCAACAUCAAAAGAGAGAAAACACACAGAACAUAAACUCUUCACCUGCAGGACAUCUGAGAUCAACUUUACUACCUUACAAGAGGAGAAACUUCAUUCAGAAGAUCACAGAGAGAAGAAGAAGAAGUUUCACUGUCAGCAAUGUGGGAAGAAUUUUUACAUCUUAUCUCAGCUACAAGUUCACAUGAAGACACACAGUGGUGAAAAGUCUUUCCACUGCAGUGAAUGUGGCAAAUAUUUCAGCAGCAAACAAAUUCUUGAUGCUCAUCAGAGAAUUCACUCAGGAGAAAAACCAUACGAGGGUCCUCACCACAAGAAGAUCUUUACAAAGUCAAGUCACUUAAAAGCCCAUAAGAGAGUUAACACUGGAGGGAAACUUUAUCACUGUAGUUUUUGCGGAAAGAGUUUCAGUCGACAUGAUAGGUUAGUGUCACACCAGAAAACUCAUACAGGUGAAAACCCUUACAAAUGCUCUCAGUGUGAGAAGACGUUUAUUCAUUUACGUUCCUUACAAGCCCAUAAGAGAGUUCAUACUGGAGAGAAACCUCUUCACUGUAGUGUUUGUGGCAAGAGUUUUAAACAUCAUAACCGUUUAGUUAUACACCAGAGAACUCAUACAGGUGAGAAACCUUACAAAUGCUCCCAGUGUGACAAGAGGUUUAAUCAGACAGGCAGCUUACAAGCCCAUGAGAGAGUUCACAAGGGAGAGAAACCUUAUCUCUGUAAUGUUUGUGGGAAGAAUUUUACACAACAAUGCAGUUUAGUGGCACACCAGAGAGUUCAUACAGGUGAAAAACCUUACAAAUGCUCUCGGUGUGGGAAGAUGUUUGCUUUAUUAAGUACCUUAAAAACCCACAAGAGACUUCACACUGGAGAGAAACCUUAUGUCUGCUUGAUCUGUGGUAAGACCUUCUUAAGUUUCCCUUCUUUCAGCUAUCAUCACAGACUUCACACUGGAGAAAGACCUUACAAAUGCUCUCAUUGUGAGAAGACGUUUACUCAGUCAGGCAACUUAAAAGCCCAUGAAAGAAUUCAUACUGGAGAGAAAUAUUAUCACUGUGGUGUUUGUGAUAUGAGUUUUAUUCGACAUGAUAGUUUAGUGUCACACCGGAGAACUCAUAGAGGUGAAAAAUCUUACAAAUGCUCUCAGUGUGAGAAGACAUUUAUGGAUUUACGUUCCUUACAAGCCCAUGAGAGAAUUCAUACUCUUUUGCAUGAUCUGUGGUAAGAACUUCAUAAGGAGUUCCUACUGGAGAGAAACCUCAGCACUGUUGUGUUUGUGGGAGGAGUUUCAGUCAACAUAAUAGUUAAGUGACACACCAGAGAGUUCAUAUCUUAUGAUUAUAACUGAUUGAUUAUGAACUUUAUUUAUGCUUUACAUUUGAAUUGGCUUUUGUAUUAUGAUGCUCUUAACUUGCUAAUAAAUUGUUAUUUUUGACUACAA